AUGGCUGCCUGGGGCUCAGAAUUGGAACCUGUGCAGCAUGACUUCAGCCUGGAGAGGAGGACUCUCUUCUGGGUGGAGGCCGUUGUCCGGGGACCCUGCCAGUUCCAACGCUAUGCCCCCGGGACAGCCUCAGCCCCUCCUGCCUGGUACUUGCUAGUUAGCCCCGAAUGCGGGCUGGUGCCUGCGCCGGCUGCCGCCAAAGGCCCUGAGGCUGGACCCGAGGAACACCCAGAGGAGGAGGAAGAAGAAAAAGAGGAAGAAACUUCCCGUGCCAGCGAGGAAAAGCCGCGUACUUGCAGCCCCCAGCCCAGCGUUCCUGCGAGCCCCGGCCCAGGCCAUCACCGGUGCUCACUGGAUGUGCUGCGCGGCAUGAGGUCGGAGCUGGCGGGUGCCAGGCGGAAGCUCUCGGAGAGCAGGAUGGCCUCCCGUCCUCGCGCCCUCCUGCAGCGCAUCCGCCACCGGGCGCUGAGUCUCUGCCCCAGCCCCGAGCCGCCCCAGAGCCCUGCGACCCCGCUCCCCAGUGCACCCGCGCCGCCCCCACGGCCCUCCACGGCCGGUGCCAUGCCCCCGCUGCGGAGCCACAAGCCCACGGUCGCGUCCCUCAGCCCAUACACCUGCCUGCCACCUCUUGGGCGGGAGCCCGAGCCUCUCAUGGCCCACAGAUCACAUCCUGAUUCUGCUGACCUGCUGUCUGCCCUUAGCCAGGAGGAGCAAGACCUCAUUGGGCCAGUGGUCGCCCUGGGGUAUCCCCUGCACAGGGCCAUUGUGGCUCUGCAGAAGACGGGGCGGCAGAGCCUGAGCCAGUUUCUCAGCUACCUGAGCGCCUGUGACCGGCUGCUGCGGCAGGGCUAUGAGGAGGGCCUGGUGGAGGAGGCCAUGGAGAUGUUCCAGUUCUCUGAGAGCCAGGCCGGGGAGUUCUUGCGCCUCUGGGAACAGUUCAGCAACAUGGGCUUCCAGCAGGACCGGAUCAAGGAGGUGCUACUGGUCCAUGGCAACCACCGUGAGCAAGCGCUGGAGGAGCUGGUGGCCUGUGCCCAGUGACCGCUGGGGCACUCUGCAAUGCCUGGGCAUGCCAUACCUGUGCUAAAGCCAGAAAGCCAUUCUAACUAUAGACCACAUAAGAAUAGCAAAGUAAUGCAUAUUCAUUAUAAAAAUACAAACAAUGCCAAGGAUAGUAGCAAAUCCUAUAGGGGAGGCAAAACUUGGCAUCUUAGGUUGUCAGCUAGACCAAUUAGCAAGAGAAAAACUGCUUAUUGAUACAUGCAGCACAUAUCAUGUGGGAGAAAUCCCAAUGAAAAGUAACUCAAAGCAUCAGUUUAGAACUCUGGCUUAUGUAGCAACAACAGAACAAACUUGUAGAGAGAUGCAGGACAAAGGAAAUCAGCUUUAAGCUUCCAAGACAAGCUGUUGGGAAGUAAAUAUAUGGGAGGGAACUAAAGGAGUAAGUUUUGUUUGCAGAUUCCUCUGGCACAUCUCUGGGAGGAUAAAUUUCUAUCUCAAGAGAAGGAGACUUUAUAUUCUGCCUUUAGACAGAAGAGGGAGAAGAACAGGGAGAACUUUUCCUGCAUUUGCUGCCUCUUGACUGCCUUCAGCUAAAAAUAAUUUUCAUGUCAGAGAGGCAUAUUUUGGGGUAACAUUCUGGUCUCUUUCAAUACCAAAAAGUCAGCUAAAAGAGUCGA